AUGUUGAAUUUCUUUGGCGAUAUUUCGGAUGUGCCACUGUUCGAUUUAUGGAUUAUGCCGAUGGUUGGCACACUUACGUCACGAGUGAUUGCUGCCAGAGAGUCUGCUGAAUUAGAGCGCAAGGUUUUCGAGUUUUAUGCAAAUAUAUGCAGUAAACGAAUGCCGUUGCAAGUGACGCUGAAAGUACAACGGCAUUCUUUCUUCGAUGCAACAAACCAUUUGGAAGUGAGAAGUCGACUGAUCGGAAUUUUGAAAGCACCUGAGGAAUUUGAUACCGAUAUCGUGGCUUGUUGCCUAACGGCUUAUCCGUGGUUCUGGAGGGAAUCUGAAAAUCCUGGAGAAAUUGAGGCAGUCUACACAAUUUUGGAAAAAUCAGUGAAGAAUCCCGGGAAAUCGGAUGCGCAUUUGGCACUUCUCGCUGCCAAUGCCAUCGGCAUGCUCAGUGAAAGCUUAUUUCGCCGGAUUACUUUAGAUGAUCUUUUGAAAUACUACAGAAUUAUGGAAAAUGACGAAACAGCGCUUUGUGUUUUGUGCAUGAUAAUGCCUUUCGUCGAGAGCUUCAACGAAUUCCGAACUGACAUCACAUGUUUGUCUCAGGUGAUGCCUUGUGUUUGCAUAGCACUCUCAGAAAUGUCGGAUAGGCAAAUGUAA